UGACCACAAGCCCCGGUUGCGUUUAGAACGGACCGUUAGGAGUGUAUGGGGCAAGUAUAUCUGUUUGCCCUUGCCAUAUUAACAUGACUUCGUCACGAAUCUGGGUUGCCCUGGAAUGCUAGUACCGGGUCAUUCUCUGGUCCUGGAUCAACCCGUGGUUGAAGGGUACCUCAAGUUUUGUUGAACUUCGUCUCAUCGUCUGCCUGUCCAUGUUCCCGACGAGACAUACACGACGCCGGCUGGAAGCUAUACUUCAUACAGUCAGGCUGGCGUGCCAGCUCUUCCUAGCAACAGCCGGAGGAUCGCUCGCAGACGGGAAAUUACCCCUCCCUGCCGUCGCCUCUCAUUUUCCUUCUCCUUCUCCUAAAACUGCAUACAGGCGACACAAGCAGCUUGGGACUCAACACUCCAAAUCUCCUCUAAUCCUACCAAUGUCAAUGUUGGUUCAUGUCCGAGCUACCCACCACACUGUAGUUGCGAGUCCGAGCAUUCAUGCGGAAGCCUCCCAAAGAUCAUUUCAUACUCCGUGAGAAAGAUGGGGCAUUUGUCCAGCAAAAAUGCGCACG